AUGGCCGAGGCGAGGCCUAUCGCUCCGGGCCGCCUGGUCCUGGUGUGGCACGGGGGCGGCGAGGCGCACUGGCACGAGCGCCUCCUGCUCUGCAGGGUGGAGGGGGCGAACUGGGUCAUCGCAGCGCCUGAUGGGGACGUCUAUCCAGAGGACAUCUAUGAGCUCAACUGCAAGCCGUGCUGCCAGGGGUCGGUCCCGCCGUCCAUCCCAGCAAACGUCUCGCUGCACAGGUUCGCGCCGCUCGGACAGCUGCACGCAGCAGCGGAGCGGCGUCAGAUCUUCGAGGACGGGAUUGCGACCGCGCAGAGGGAGAGGGCCAACAGGGGCAUCGACGACGCUGCUGCUGAUGCAGAGUCUGGCGCUGUGCGUGACCGUGUGGCUCUGCACGGGUGGGCCGCGGGCGCUGGACUGCCAGGCGGGCCACCCGCUGCCGUCGCUGGCGCGGGGGGCGGGGCUGUGGUGCCCAUGGCCGCGGGGCCGCCAGGGCUGGGAGGGCCCCCGCCGCUGCCGCCGGCGGCAGCCCUGCCUGCGGGUGGGCUCUCCGCUGCGGGCGGAGGCACCGCCGUCCCGCUGGCUGGAGUGCCCCUGGGAGCUGGCGCUUUGCCAGGGGCCGCUGCGUCGGCCCACCGCCAGUGGAUCGCGGUUGCCAACGAUGGGCAGCCGGGAGCGCCAGCGGUCGGAGCUGACUGGAGCGUGGGCGCGAGUGCGGUCAUCGUGGGCAACUUCGCGCUUGUCAAGCUCGGCACCGCGACCCUCGUCUUGGAGGGCAUCGACGUCGGCAGCAAGCAGCUCAAGCUGGUGGCCAGGAGGGGCGAGCUUGAGCAGGCUGUGGCUGCGGCGUCGGGAGGCGGAGCUGGACCGCAAGCGGGAGCUGCAGCCGCGUCGGCUGGAGCCCAGCUCAAGGCCACGGACGCGCGGGUGCUGCCAGUGCUCUAUGACCAGAUGGGCCAGAGGUUUCGCUCGUUCGUCGACGCAGUGGGCCUGCUCGGGGAGCCGCGCUUCACGGACUUCCCGAUCCAGGGCCCGAGGACCACGUUCUGGCUCUGCAGGUUCAUUCGCGAUCAGGGCCAGGUGCCGAGAGCCAGGGCCGAGAAGGUCAAGCACGAGCAUGGCAGCCUCAUGGAGAUCCUCGAGAAUGAUCUCACCUAUGAUCAAUUGGAUGUAUCAUCAUUGGCAUCGUUUGAGAUCCUGGCGCGAAGGGCGCCGAGUUUCGAAGGGAGCGAGCACUACCAGGGGCUCGGCAGGAGGGUCGCCGCUGUGGCCCCGACGCUCACCUCGCUCGUUGCUGGGCAGCUGCAGGGCGAGGCGCAGAUCCAGAAGGAGCGACGCAAGGCCCGCGAGGGCCACCAGCUAGUCGAGGUCGUCUUCGGAGGCCUUGGCGCCUUCAGCGCAGUCGGGGCCGUCGUCGAGGACCUCGUCGAGAUUUUGUUUGAGGCAUGGCGGAUGGUCGCCAGGGUGACCUACUGCCGCUGCCAAGGCUGGGCGAGAUUGAAGUCCCACGUGGCGCUCUUAGUCGUGGGGUUCAGCAGCGCAUUUACAGCUUGGGCCCUCAACGAGCUUGAGGGGGGGGUGGCAGCACGCCGCUCGGUGGCCCAGGUGGAGAGCAGACGCGUGCUGCUGUUGCUUUGGUCCGAGAUGCUGUGUCGGCCAUGCCCUUACCUCGAGAGCGGCCCGCUCCGCAUGAAGCCCCCGCGGCGCUUCUGCCGCGCCGGGAACAUUGCACCGUUUGGUUCGGCGCCAGUCUCGCUGCCGGGCCGCGACUUGUCAGGGGUGGACAUCUACCAGGUUCUGCCCUCGGACGCGUCGCACAAGUUCAAACGGUUUCGCGACGCCAUUCUUCUCAGUGGCGAGGAAUAUGCAUUGCGUAUCAAGAGCGAGGGACUGUCCAACCUUUACAUUGAUCCAGUGCUGGAGGCACAGCCCGCCAAGUGGGAGGGAUAUUGUCGGGAUCUACGUGACAGGGGACUG